UUAAAAAUACUCGUUAUCUUUGACAUGUUUUUUCAUGAGUAAAUAAACUUAGAAUUAAACAAGCACAUACAAUACAAAAACAAAAUAUUUCUAUUUGAUACUAACUGACAGGUAACAUAUAUUACUAUCAAAAUGCAAUCGUUCUGACCCAUAAGUGUAUCAUAGAACUACAAAAUGACAUGCAUUAGAUUAAAAAACAUAAUUACCAGUUAAGCUUAGCUUAUUUAACCAAUAAAUAAACAUUAAUCACACUUUGCCUUCUUCCUCGCAUGCAGCAUAUGUGGAUGGGGAUUUUCCUGCAGGAAGUAAUAUCUAUAAUAAUCCUUUCUAUAACUCAGCUUUCAAAACACCGCUUGAUAGCCAGUACAAGUAUGGUUUUCCAAUACCUGGAUUAGCCAAUCAGCAAGCAGGAGGACUUCUGCCAACCAAUCAGAUGUUCCAGAAUAGUAUGCCAGCCAAUGUAAAUCCAGCUUUCUACCUACCUGGAAUGACCAAUCAGAAUCCUGCUUACAACAAUCUGCAGCCAGUUAGAGGAACGAAUCAAGCAUGGGGUGGCAACAUUAUGCCCAACCAAGUCUAUAAUAAUGUUCCAUACCAGCAAGCAGGAUUUUAUCCAAUACAGAAUGCCUUGAGCCCAAACUCACAACUAGAACAACAAGUGCAGCCUCGACCUCAAGCUCAGCUUCCAAAUUUUAAGAAUUCAGUUCAAGGUUCCAAUGGACAGGCUGUUGAGGAGAGUUCAGGAACCAACCAGACAAAUAGUUCUGUGAAGACAAAGCUUGUUGAUCAAGGAGCCCCCAAACCUGUAGCUAUGAACAAGGCUAAGAUCCUUCCAGACUACCAAGACCUUAGUAAGGACUUGGAUUAUCAGAACAGCGAAUUGUAUGAUGCUGCAAAUAAAGAAGCUAAGAGCAGUAUUAAAAAACAGCCUGAAGAUGUCUCCAAGGGUGUUUCUGGCAAUUAUAAAGAUGCUCCAACUGUUAAUAGACAAAGGACGCAAGAUAUGAACACUCCAACAAGGCAUGAAGACAUGGAUGACCACAAUGGGAGGCAUUCUGAAGAGACUGAAAUCUUGGGUAGCCACCAAGACGGACACCCCACUCUUCCUCCAACAUCAAAGACUAAAAGUCAGAUCAGCAAGCCAACACAGUCGACAGUGGCUGGACAGAAGGUGGGGUCAGGCCAGCUAGGGGGACACAAGAACUCUGAAGACUUCCUUGACUACCCAUGGCUGAACUACGAGCAAGAUCCACCCAGAGUGAGUGGGAAGAAGGGAUCUCGGCUGAACCCUGUGCAGGUUGACAAAAGUACAAGUAAUGACAGAGAUGGUGGCAAUCAUGUGGUAGAUGGGGAUAAAAUACUGAAUUCAAAACAGACCUAUUCGAAACAGGAAUCAGAUUCAACAGCUAAAAAUAAAGUUCAGCCAAUGAGGAAUAGGGGAGGUCAACCAUCUAGGUAUGAUGUAGACGAUUAUGCGUUUGACUACAGAAAACCAUCUGGGGGAAAUCGGCGACCGGUUUAUGAUCGGUACGGGAAUCGCCUUGACAAAACUGGCAAUAGCCAGGGCCCAGUGAAAGACUCAAGGUACCCAUAUUAUGACUCCGGGUAUCCGGAGGGGAAGAACAGGAACCCAUACCCUGUGUGGGACCCGUACAAAGACGAGUAUUACUACCCUGACACGGAGACAGAUCCGGACAUAACUCCGGAUGAAAACCAGAAAUUAGGUCUUGGCUUUGAUAGUGUGCAAAAAGGUAAAACAGAUGACAUGAGUUACAAGGACGCAGAGGAAUCAUCAAAAUCAAAAGGCUCUCCUAAUGUAAAUGGGCCGGCUGACAAACCCUCAGUUCAAAAUACUCCAAGUGUGACAGUUCCAGUUGCUGAACCAACCCCUGCCCCCACUCAGAAACAAGAUCCCGAAGCAAACAAAGCUGGAACCACAUCAACUGAAACACCGAAAACUGUUUCAUCUGCCACAGGGUUAAGCACAUCUAAACAGGUUGAGAAAGAUUCUAAAAAUAGUAUCACAGAAUCUAAAAAUAGUAUCACAGAAUCUAAAAAUAGCAACACAGUAUCUAAAAAUAGCAAUACAGAAUCUAAAAAUACUGACACAGGUUCUAUGAAAAUUGAGAGCAGUUCUAAGAACGUCGACCAAAACUCUAAAAACAGUGGCUCAGAUGGUAAAAAUAGCAACUCAUCAUCUGCAAAUGUGUCUGAUGAAAAUGGUGUUUCCUAUCAUAUACUGAAUAGUGGUAUGGUCAAAGUUGAGUCAUUCACAGACGGGUCUCUAGGUCCAGUGGUGGCACUGUCCCUGGGGUUGGCUAUCACACUCAUGUUGCUGAUAUUUGUGGGCUGCAGGCUUCGUACAGUGAAGCGUAGGCUGCGCAAGGGUCGGGCCCUUCAUUCAAACGAGGCUGAUUACCUCAUUAACGGCAUGUACCUUUAAGUUGGAGAGCCUUUUUACAAAAAAUAAUUAGGGUAAAAAUAGGAUCUAUGAUGGCAUUAUGUUUCAUUGAGUUUCUUUUUUGGUUCACAAAUAUAUAUUGAAGUUUAUUAAUGCCUACAGGUUAGACUCUUAUUCAAACGAAUAUGCUUAUCUUAUUAAUGUCAUGUACAUUAAACUUGAGAGCUUUUUUUUCCGAAAAGAAAUGUUUUGGGUAAAAAUAGGAUCUAUGAUUACAUUAUGUUAUAUAUUUUGUUUCUUGUUUGUAUUAAACAUAUAGAAGUCAUUGAAUGUUGUCAAUCGCAAAGGUGGAGCCCUCCAGCCAAACAAGGCUGAUUUUCUCAUGAACCCAUAUGCCUUUAAUUCGGUUACAGCCUUUUUUUAGAUUAAAUAAUUUUCAUUAAAAUGAGAUCCAUGUUGACAUAAUGUUCUAUUUUUAUCCAAGUUUGUAUGUGAGUGUUUCUUGUAAGUUAUUGAAGUAACUUUAGCUGGUGACAUUUUCUGUUUCAUAUUAAUGUGUUGUUAUUUUUUGGUUUGAUAAUUACCUUGAAUACUCGCGUCUUUAUUCGGACUCUCUGCAAAUGAAAAAAUUAAAAAGACCGUUUUCAAAUUUAGAUUCAAGUAAACAAAAAGUUAACAAUUAAAAAAGUAUUGUUUGAGUGUUUACCAAAACUGACCAACAUAUUGCUGUUAAUGUUUUUAUUAAUAAUAUAACAUUUUGCCAUUUUUAGUUAAUGACUUAUUGAACUAAAAGUUAUUUUCUGACGUAGUUUAUCUCUUCUGGAAAGGUUUUUUGAAAGUGAAAUGAUGCCUCCUUUUUUAAUAGCUCAUGAUGAAUCUCAUCAGAUAUAUCUUUAUGAAAAUUAUUCUGAUAUAUGAUUUUUUUAGAAAAAAACUAAAAAACAUCAAUAAAUGAAUGUUACUUAUUUACAUUUUAAGUUCUUUGGAAUUUUUAAAUCUGGCAUGCAUAUUAGCAUUUAUCAUUUUAUAUUAUAUGUCUUGUCAUAUGGAAGAAAUUUAUAAAUACUGAUAUUUUGUAUCUCUGUUACGAUAUUAUUCCAAAGAUAAUUAAUGCAUUGUUUUUUUUUUGUAUUUAUUUAUUGUUAUGCCUUAUCAUCCAAAACAGUACAGAUAUUCUUUGAACAUCAAAUCUUAUUUAUUGGAUUUCUCUGUGUGCUAUGAACAAUUUGUUUAAAGAAUUUUGAUUAUUUAAUUAUUUAUGUUGUUAUUUGGUUAUUAAUAUGGUUAAAGUGUUAUUUUGCUGUAAGUUAGACAACCAUCACUGUAUAUCAGUGCAGUCCUGAGUAAGAAUCUAAAGAUAUUGUAGAAAUUAUGUGUCCUUAUUUAGAAUGUGUAAAAUUAAUUUAGAAUAGAAAAAGGUAUUAAUAUUUGGGUGUAUUUGUGUUAAAAAAAAACAACAAUUUAAUUAUCCAGCAAAAUACAUGGAUUCAGAGGAAAUUCUCUGUAAAUUUAGCUUAAGUUAGAGUUAUGAGUAAUGUUAUACUUACAAAUAAAGAAAGCAAUUUUUUGCACAAGUUUUGGUACCACCGUAUUGAAUAUCAAGGGCUGAGAUGAUAAGAUUGUGUUUUUUUAUACAUUUAUUUAAACAUUUAUACAUAGCUCUGUGCAAUCUCACACAACAUGACGCUUAGUUAUGAAUGGGACCAAUAAGUUGUCAUUCAUUUUUUACAUUACAAUUAAUUUAUACAUUUCUUUUACUGUAUUUCACAUUCCACUAUAUUAUGUAUAUAACCUAUACAAUGUAUUGCUCUGAAACCUUUACCUUGCGCUGACCUUUAUGCAUACAGUAAUUUAAAUAGAAAAUAAUAAGUCCCCUUAAUGGAAUCAAAGAGAGUCUACUUGAAAAUACUGUUAUCUUAUCAUAACAAACAUGAGACAGAUAAACAAAAACAAAGCAAUUUGCAAAUAAAAUAAACCAGUCAGACAUGUAAGUGAGGUGCAUUCUCAAGUUCAAAAAUCCAAGAGAGUCCGCUCAAUGUGUCAGAGGUUAAAAACUUUUUUUUUAAUGUUGGAAAGCAUCAACAGCUGAGUUGUACAGAUCUGUCGUAGUCUUAGUCAUGUUUGUUAGGGAGUUACUUUUUAAACGUGAACAUGUACACAAAAUGGUUGUGAAUAACUAUGAUUGUCUUUUCUGUGUUGUGAAAUCGUCUGCGAUAUUUUAAUCAAAGUUUCUUUUCAAAUUUGUUUCUGUUGUUGGUUAAAAUUGCUUUUCCUAUUUGACAUUCUAAUGUUUGAACGAUUCAUAAGGAGUUGUAUGAAUUUUGUCAUUCGAAAAUGGGUUUAAAGCCAUAUGCAAACAGAGUAGCUGAAGAUCAGCCUGCGCAUUCACACAGUCUGGUCAAGAGGUACCCUGUUGGCUCAUGAGACCAUAAAACCGUACAUGACUUUAUAAUGGACAGAGUAGCUUCAGGCCAGACUGAAGGCGUACACAGACUGGUCUGGAGCUACGCUAAUUGCAUAUGGUAUAAGACCUAUUAUCGCAAGACAUAGUUCAUAUGUUUUUGUUAUCAGAAUUGAGGUGAAAUAUUUAUCAUGAGGAAGAUCCAGAGAGAUCAUAAUUCAAAUAUGGGCAUUGAUAUGCUUUUGUAGACAACACUGGUUAAAGUUUAAAACCAUACUUAAGUGAUUAAAGAACAAGUGAGAAAGUUGUCUUUUAUUGUGUGGAAUCCAGUUUGGUUUUGUUACGCUGUGCAAAUGUAUGUACAUUAAAUUACUAUUUGAUCUUAUGUUUUCGAUAGACUGUAAGACUAUGUUUGUAUGAUAUUUAUUGUACUUGUUUGCUUCAAACAGUUGGUUUGAAUUAACAAUGAUAUUAACAGUGAUGUUCAGAAAGUUCUAUUUGUCAGUGACAACUGGUUAUCUUCAAUGUUUGGGUGCAGUUACCAAACCAUCAUAUGAAAAUCUUAAAUCAGGAAAUUGUGUAUAACGAUGCAGGAAGAAAUGUCAUUUUAAAAGGAAAUUUAUAUUAAAAUGGAAAUGUUAAUUUCCAGAGAUCAGCAUACAUUGGUCAGACUUCAGCAAAACAAUCCAAUAUAUUAAGGUUUCAAAAAUAAAAGAUGACUGUAUUUACAAUGUUUUUGUUUUUGAAAGUAUAAUAAUAAAAAAAAUAAUAAUAUACUGUUAUGUAUAUUUCUUAUUUUUGUACUACCAUGUAUUAUAAUGUUACGCAUUUUUAAAAGCAUGUUGUUAAUGUUAUGACGUUUAUAUACCUCUUUUUGGGGAUAUGUAAAUACUUGCAAAUAAUAUUGAUGUAGAUUUUCAUUCAUAAUGAGCCGUGUCAUGAAAAAUGGGUCUUAUAACAUAGUGUGCGUCUUGGUCAGGAGCUAAUAAGACCACAAACUUUGUGUGAUUUUAUAGCGGACGAGCUAGCUCCUGAUCAGACUGCACGAAUGCACAGGGUGGUUUUGAACAAGACUGGCCCCUUGUGGCUUAAGACCCAUUUUGGCAUGACGCUGUACAUAUGUUGAGUAUUUAAGCCUCUUACAACAUUACCAAUCAGUAACUCUUGAAGAGCACUUGUGCAUGUUUGCUUACAUGAUGUAAAUGCACUGCUAGGUAUAAUUUGUCAACUUUUCUAUGAUGUGUAUGCACUGCUAGGUAUAAUUUGACAACUUUUCUAUGAUGUGUAUGCACUGCUAGAUUUAAUUUGUCAACUUUUUUAUGAUGUAUAUGCACUGCUAGAUAUAAUUUCUCAACUUUUCUAUGAUGUGUAUGCACUGCUAGGUUCAAUUUCUCAACUUUUCUUCAGCAUGUUUUGAUGUACAUUUUUAGCCCACUUCAGCACUAUGUGGUCAGGAUGAGCUAUUGGGGUACCAUGAUCCAUCCUUUAUAUGGGUGUGUAUGUCAUGUAUAUAGUGAAACCAAAAAUAUCUCAUUCGCUGCAAAUUGGCAAAGCCCUGAGGUUUUGUAUUUGUUAUGUGGCAUCAUUUAGUGGUCCUUUUAUAAAUAAUUUUCAAUUAUGUCCCUGGGGGUCACAAUUACAUUGUUUUUUAUAUGUAAAAUGUCAAAAUUUGGACAUCUCUGAAAUCACAAGACCUAGAAGUUUGCAUCUGGUAGAGAGGUCCUUUACCAACUUUGUUAAAAUCUUGCCAUAAAGCUGGACAAGACCCAAGGAUCACCCGUUUAUAACACAAAUUUACAUAGGAGAAAAAAACUUAAAAUCUUCUUGUAUGAAAUUGCAAAGCACAAGGCUUACAUAUUUGGUAUGUACCAUCAUCUAGAGUUUUUCUACAAAGUGUGCUCAAAUUAUGCCUCACAUUUGGUAUCAUUUUUGUCGAGAGUUGACUACAAACUGUUUGUUACAACUUUGCCUGUGGGACCAGAUAUGUUCAAAGUAUGAACCUGUUGCAAAAGUAGCCCCAAACCAGGGGUCUCAUGUAUUGUACUUCUGAGUUACAGUUUCAGAGGUGAACGUUCAAGGAUACUCAAGUCCUCUUGGUUGUGCAUUUAGUAAUAUGUAUUCUUAUUGUUUUGUGGCUUUUUCAUGUAGAACAAUCUUUUUCACCAUUUCCAUACAAUUUUGUCCUAUUUCUUUUCUAUGAUAAUUCCAGCUGUUUGAAUUCCAAAGGUACAGAAUUCCAAAAUAUUAUACUUGUGAAGAAAUUCAUUUGAAACCUUAUUGUCUUAUGCAUGGAACAGCUGUCUUGUAUGUGAGGUAGUAGUAGUAGGAGCUCUUCUUUUAAAUUAAAAUCAUGUGAACCAAGAAGCUUAAACUUAAGUUGUUUUAAAUGUAUAGGUUUUGUGCAAUGGAAUUUAGUUUAGUUAAACAUUUAUGUACUGUUACAUGGUGUCAUUAAGUUUUUGUUUAUUUUAUUAUUUGUUUGGUUUAAAGUGUAACAACUAUUUUGUUCUUUAUUUCUUUAAGCUGUUAAGUGUGGAAACUACCACAAAUGUAUGUGUGGAAACAUUUACAAGUACAAUAGCUUUUAGCUUUUUGUAUGAUUUUACUAUCAUGCUAUUUUUUUUCAACAUUUCUGUUAGCAAACUAACGGAAACAGACUAAUUUCUGAAUUUGCAUCACUAAUAAAAUUUGAUACAAACA